GCAUAACCCAAUUUUAACCUGACAGCUCAGGCACUAGAUCAGCUGAUUGUCAGUUUGUAAAAGGAAAAAGCUUUGAAAUUUAAAAAAAAAACAUAAUUCAUAAAGAAAUGGUUGAAUAUGGAAGGAUUUUGGUAUUAUUUGGAAGCCAGACAUUUACAGCAAAGGAAAUCGCUGAGAGACUAUGGAGAAUGACAAAGGUUUUGGGAUUUAAAGGCCCUGUGCAAGCUAUGGAUGAAUAUCCUAUUGCUCAGCUGAUUCACGAAGAAUUUGCUAUAUUUGUUUGUGCAACUAUGGGACAAGGGGACGAGCCCGAUAAUAUGAAAAAAUUUUGGAAGUUUCUGUUGCGAAAAAAUUUACCUUCGAACUCUUUGAUGAAGUUAAAGUUUGGAGUUUUGGGUCUUGGCGAUUCUUCAUAUAGCAAAUUCAAUUUCGUUGGUAAAAAACUACACAAACGCUUGAUGCAGUUAGGAGCUACACCUUUACUCGAUAUUGGACUCUGUGAUUAUCAGCAUGACCUGGGUCACGAUGCUGUACUGACACCAUGGCUGAAAAUUUUCUUUGCAACACUUAAAAAUUAUUACCCAGAACUUGUAACUGAUGAAUUAUCAGCUACCUUUGUGCCCAGAUGGAAAGUUUCGCUACUGAAAAAUAAUAAUGAACAUAAUACAAAAGAAAUAAGUAAAGAUAUUUAUUUUUCUAAUGGACAGAAGGAUGCCUUUGUUGAUAGCUUGCUACUAGAAAUUGAAAAAAAUGUUAGGAUCACAGAUGAAACACAUUUUCAAGAUGUAAGAUUAAUCACUUUCAAAACCACGGACGAAACUAUUCUCGAUUAUAAGCCUGGUGAUAUUUUCAACAUUAGACCUCGGAAUAGCAAAGAAGAUAUAGUUGAUCUAUUUCAUAUAUUUGAAACGCACAAUAUGGAUAUUAAGCCCCAUUACAAAUUGCUGGUAGAAGAAUGUCAUGAAGAAAUGCCCGUACCGGAUUUUCUGAAGACACCACUCACUAUAUACGAUAUAGCGGAACAGUACUGGGACUUGAGGGCGUACCCUACUCCAUAUUUCUUCUCUCUUCUCGCACUUGUGUCAGAAGAUAAGCUAGAGAGAGACAAAUGUAUAGAGCUAAGCACUCCUGAAGGGCAAGAGGACUGGUUGAACUACUGUAGAAGACCGAGGAGGACCGUUCUUGAGGUUCUUCACGACUUCCACAAGUCCGCAUCGAAGCUGACGAUACAAAUACUAUUCGAACUGUUCUCCAGCAUCAAAUGCCGCUCGUUCUCGAUAGCGAGCAGUAACUUUUGUAACAUGGGUACUAGAGUAGAGCUUCUAGUGGCUGUAGUUAAUUAUCACACCAAGCUUAAGAAAGAGCGGCUGGGUCUCGCUUCCAACUGGUUGAAGAGUUUGAUCGUCGGCGACAGGAUCUACGGAUGGAUCAAAAAAGGCAGCUUGGUAUUUCCUAAACCGACCAUUCCACAUAUUAUGAUUGGACCCGGCACUGGCUUAGCGCCUUUCAGGAGUUUACUGCUAGAGCGUAAUAUGCAAAACUCUUUAAGCAACGCAAAAAUGCAUUUAUUUUUCGGAUGCCGAUAUAAAGACAAGGACUUCCUUUGCAAGUGUUUAUUGGAAACAUUAGUGGAACGUCGGAGGCUGUCGUUGUAUUGUGCUUUCUCCAGAGAUCAGGAUAAGAAAAUAUAUGUACAGCACAAGAUUAAAGAGCAAAGCGACUUGCUUUGGAGUCUCAUUACAGACUGGAACGCCUACAUUUAUAUAUCGGGUAACGCCAAAAACAUGCCUGACAACGUGAAGGAGGCUUUUGUGGAAAUAUUCAAUGAAACCGGAGGGUUGAGUGUCGAACAAGCCAAGGAAAUGCUUCGAGGUCUGGAGAAGAAUGGAAGGCUGCAAGUUGAAGCGUGGUAGAACAAAGUACUUAUUCUUAAAAAAUAAUAGUGGUAUUGAUUUCAAUAAAUUUACUGUACUGUGUUUGAA